AUGUUUCGGUCGCGGAAACCGUCGCUGCUGCGACCCAAUGCGACGAAUCGGCUGGAAUGCGCGACAACUCGCGAUUCGUCGCCAGUUUUCCCGCAGAAUGUCGGUGCAGGGCCGAAAAGGGUUUCCCGUGUUUCCACGCAGACCGUUUGGGCGAUUUCCAGCGUCCUCCGCCUGGCGCCCUCCGCCGACGCGACGCGCGGAGGAAAGGGGGACGACUGUGGGCGGAGCGGAGAAGCGCAGAGGCGCAAAAGCGGGCAGGCGGAGCAGCGGCGGGGGGAGGGGGGAGCCCGGGCGGAAGACGAGGGGAGUUUGACUGACGAGGAGGAGGAGGAGGGGCAUCGGCGGAGGGUGCGUCUGGGGAAGGAGCGGCGGUUGGGGCAGCCGUGGAACUUGGGGAUUUCCACCGCCGGCCAGCGCGCGUUCCGCCGGCUGCUGCUCGGCGCGGACGGGGAGCGGGGGAAAGCGGAACGGGUGCUCGGCGCAUCUGCGGGAGCAGAGGCGGAGAGGCAGCAGGGGAGGGCAGGGAACUUCGGGAGAGUGGAUCGGUGGUCGCGACGUGCGCAGGGGCGGGCGGGCGAUGGGCGCGCGGAUGGUCCGGAAUGCGGAAAGGACGGGGAAGAGCUGGGGAAAGGGGAAGGGGAAUCUUCGGGGGAGAUAUCGGCGAGUGAUAUUAUGGCGAUACUGAAGGGGUUGGGAAACAAGGGGCGGUGGCGGGAUGCGGUUGCGGUGUUUCACUGGGCGCGCGGGUGCGGAAAGAUCGGCGGAAGCUGCGCGGAGGGGGAAGAGGCUUGGCGGGAGCGCGGGAAUCCGAUGGUGUCGCUGGUGCUGCGCAUACUGAGCCGAUGCGACCGCCCGAAUGAGGCGGACGAUUUGUUCCGCGCGCUCGUGGCGGAUGGGUGCGCGCUCGACGUCUACGCCUAUACGGCCAUGAUGAGCGCGCUUUCGCGCGCGGGGCGCUUCAACGACGCGAUCGCGCUCUUCCACUCGAUGCGCGCCGAUGCGGGCGUGGCGCCCUCUAUAGUCACAUUCAAUGUCGUUCUCGCCGCGUACGCGCGCAAGCGCGGGUGUUUUCAUCACAUGGCGUCGCUGCUGCAGGAGAUCCGGACCGUUGGAUUGACGCCCGAUGAGUAUACAUAUAACACGAUGAUCUCGGCGUGUGCUGAUGCGAUUGCGAAUGAGGAUUUCGGGGAUGUGCCUUGGCUGAAACCGACACGUGUCACGUACAACGCGCUGCUGGACGUGUACGGGAAGGCAGGCCACGUGGCACUCGCCCAUUCGGUGCUGGAAUCCAUGCUGGAGGCGGGCGUGCGGCCGAAUCUGGUGACUUAUAACGAGAUGAUCAGCGCGUGCGCGCGCAAGGGGCUGUGGCGGGAGGCGCGCGGGAUUGUGGAGUCCAUGCUGCUCGGGGGGGAGGCGGAGGCGGAGGGGAAGGCGGAGGGUGGGGGGAAGGCGGAGGAGAAAGGGGAAGGGGAGGCGGUGGGGGGAGCGGAGGCGAAGGGGAAAGGUAAACGAGAGGGUAAAGCGAUGGUUGAGGCGGUUAAGAUAGAAGGAGGAUUGGCAGUGGGGGAAGGAGUGGCGGGAGAGGUGGUGGAAGGGAGGGGAGAAGGGGUGAAUAGUGUAGGUCAGAGGGGGAACAAGGAGGGGGAGGAGGGAGGGGUCGAGAGAGCAGGAGUGUUGGUUGGGAAAUCAGAGCAAGAAGCUUCGAGGAAGAGGGAAAGUAAGGAGGAUCUUAUUCUCCCGCCCAAACCGGAUGUUUUUUCCUACACUGCCCUGAUAGCAGCGUACGGGAAGGGCGGGCAGGUUGAAAAAGUGAGGGAAACUUACGAGAUUAUGCAGCAGCAGGGCUGUUUCCCAAACCUUUUCACCUUCAACAUUCUCCUGGAUAUUUACGGGAAAAACAAGCUCUUUGCUGACGUGGCAUGGGUCAUGGAUGAGCUGGCAGCGAGCGGGAUCAAGCCCGACGUGGUGACCAAGGUGGGAAGAGCGGAGGCUGCGAGUCGCUACGUGGCAGAGUGUGAGGCAGCUGCUCUUUCCCUCUCCCCUGCGGCACUGAACGCCUUUUCUUUGAUUCUCAUUCACUCCCAAUAUGACAAGGUGGGAAGAGUGGAGGCAGCGAGUCGCUAUGUGGCAGAGUGUGAGGCAGCUGCCCUCUCCCUCUCCCCCGCCGGACUGAACGCCUUUGCUGCGGGCUGCCUGGCUGCUGGGCGGCCCACUGAUGCCGUUAGGGCGAUGGAGGCAGCAGAGAGACGCGCUGGCAGGUGA